CAGAUUGGCAGGGAUAAGUAGCCUGGCUCAGGAGACGUGACCAUAAAAGCCCCCGGCUGGAAGCAGGCAUCACAGAAACCCACUAGCUCUGGCAGCAUGGCUUCUCAUCGUCUGCUCCUCCUUUGCCUGGCUGGACUGGUAUUUGUGUCCGAGGCCAGCCCCGCAGCCCAUGGCACUGGUGAAUCCAAGUGUCCUCUGAUGGUCAAAGUCCUAGAUGCCGUCCAAGGUGCCCCUGCUGUUGAUGUGGCUGUGAGAGUGUUCAAAAAGGCUGCUGAUGAAGUCUGGGAGCCGUUCGCCAAUGGGAAAACCAGUGACUCCGGAGAGCUCCAUGGGCUCACAACGGAAGAGAAAUUUGUAGAAGGGAUAUACAAAGUGGAAUUAGACACAAAAUCCUACUGGAAGAAACUUGGCAUCUUCUCAUUCCAUGAAUACGCAGAGGUGGCGUUCUCGGCAAAUGACUCAGGUCCCCGCCACUACACCAUCGCGGCGCUGCUCAGCCCCUACUCUUACUCCACCACAGCCGUCAUCACCAACCCCAAGAGCUGAGGGACCUUUCUGUCAGUGGAUUUGAAGGAGGAGGGACAGGACUUCACGUAACCAAUACAGUGCCAUUUUUACUAAAGCAGUGUUCUCACCAUAUAAGUUAUCUUAGAAACAGGAGCAGAGUCAAUAAAACAUUCCUGUUAAAGCA